AUGUCAACACCCACCAAAAGAAAGAUAAUGAGAGAUAUGAAAAAGCUUCUGGAAGACCCGCUGGAUAACAUUCUAGCAGUGCCAAGCAAGGAAGACAUAAUGGACUGGAGAGCUAUAAUAUUCGGGCCAGAAGACACCCCUUUUGAAGAGGGGGUUUUUGAGCUGAAAAUACAAUUUACAGAGUCGUACCCACAGCACCCACCAGAAGUGUCUUUUAUAACGGAAAUAUUCCAUCCAAAUGUGUACCCAAACGGCGAGCUGUGCCUUGACAUACUGAAGAACAGAUGGAACUCGGCAUACGGGAUAGGACAAGUUCUUCUCUGCAUACAGUCUCUGCUAAAUGAUCCAAACACGGACUCGCCUGCCAACUCAGAGGCAUCAGAGCUGUACCUCAACAACAAGCUGAAAUAUAACAACAGAGUAAGAGACACUGUUGAGAAGUCGUGGAUACAGAAGAUAAGCACACAGUAG